AUUGGUUAGGAAAUAUUGCACAAUCUGGCAACGCUGAGGUACUACAGCGACGAAUAUCCACUGGAAAGUACUACGAUGUACACGGCAGGCCCCGAUACAGUAAUGCUCGGGUCUAGUAAUGCAUACUGAGCGUGUGGAAACCUUCUCUGACCAAGACGGCCCUUCAUGAUUUGCUGAUCAACCAUUACCAUUUUGCCAAAUGAAAAUGGAGGAGAAAUCCCUGUCAGGCCUGAACGACACCAAACUAGAGGCCUUAGUGGAUGAGAUCUACUGUGACCUGGUGGAAGACGCGUGUUUGGGCCUGUCCUUUGAAGUCCACCGUGCUGUGAAACAGGGGCACUUCUUCCUUGACGACACGGACCAAGAGAGCAUGAAGGAAUUCGAAAUCGUGGACCAGCCGGGGGUGGACGUGUUCGGUCAGGUGUACAACCAGUGGAAGAACAAGGAGUGCGAGUGUCCCAACUGCAAGCGCUGCAUCGCCGCCUCUCGCUUCGCGCCUCACCUGGAGAAGUGCCUGGGGAUGGGGCGGAACAGCAGCCGCAUCGCCAACCGCAGGCUAGCGAACAACAACAACUUGAACAAGUCAGAGAGCGAUCAGGAAGACAACGAUGACCUCAAUGACAACGAUUGGUCAUACGGGGCGGAGAAAAAAGCUAAGAAGAGAAAAGGUGAAAAGCUUCAGAAUUCCCCCAGAAGAUCCAAAUCGGUCAAACACAAAAAUGGUGAGCUCAGUGGCAGUACCAAUACAGAGCCCUACAAGUACAGCUACAGUGUGGGUAUUAACUACGAAACACUGGGUCCCCAGGAACUGCGCUCUCUGUUGACAACGCAAUGCGGGGUGAUUUCCGAGCACACCAAAAAGAUGUGCACCAGGUCCCAGCGGUGCCCCCAGCACACGGACCAGCAGAGGAGGACAGUCCGGGUGUUCCUCUUGGGGCCCUCAGGGUUACCGUCGCUGGCCAGCGUGGAUGCGGUUGCCGGGGGUAACGGCUACGACGUGGCGGGCGGCCAGGCCCUGAUGAGUCGCCUGCAGUGGGAGGACUCGUCGGAGAACUCUGUGUCGUCCAACUCGAGCGGUCCCAACCCGACAGACCCCCGGAGGCCCAAGAAGAAGCGUCCGUCCUCCACGGCCUACGGCGGCGGCGGCGCCAUGGGGGACCCGGCGGCCCAGCGGGGGGGAGGCGGCGGCGGCGGCGGCGGCGGCGGCGGCGGCCCGACCGGCGCUGGUGGUAGCGGCAGUGCUAGCAGCAGCAGCGCCAGCGGCACCUCUCAGGGUAACCUCGGCUUCUCCAACAAAAACAAGAGACCGAAGCAGCUGCCGACCGCCUCCAUGGCCUCCCUGUACGACGAGUUCAACUAGACUCUGGGGCCCCGGCGCGUACCCCGGCCUUCUCUUCGUAACAAACGGGAACAUGGAGGGAAAGGCCACUCUAAAAUAAGUAGACUUUUUUCAACUCAAAAAUAACAAGGACUCUAGAGGUGAAGUGUGGUGCCCUUACAAAAGAGAAGCCCCUUGUGUUCAUCGUUGUGCGCAUUUCUUAUUUUAUUUUAUUUUAGUAUUGUUUUUUUGCUACAGCAAUGCGGCCCUUCAUAAUGGAGAAGUAAACAGUGGCUGUGGGGGAGGGUAAUUCGAAUUAAAUCAUGUUUUUUUGUAGGCGUUUGUCCUUGGAUAGGUCUUGCUUGUGUGCAAUGUAGGAUCAGGACUAGUUCUCAGUGUGGAACGGAUUUAUACAUUUGUGUGGCAUUUUGAAGGCUUUGAAAUUUAGCUUGAAUGGACUAACAUGUUUUACUCACACAACGUGUGCAUUGUGCUUCUAUAACUGCAUGGGUGAAAACGCAGAUUUUGCUUUACUGUUAUUGAGGCUUUCUCUUUUCUUUGCUGUGACGUUAAAUUAAGUGCGUGUGUUGUGUAGAUAUCGUAGGUGUUCAGGGAUUGGUGAGACGUCUGAACACUUAGAAAUAUCAUGAUAAUGAUCUGGAUCUUGAUAACGUUUGAGGAAAUCUUUUGUGUUCAAUCUGAUGGCGAAACAUGUGAACUUCCAUCCAGGAAAGGAUUGUUGCCGUCCAUCAGACCAGGUUUGCGCUCAGCUCUGUACGAGGAAGGCUGUCAUAUUUAAAAGCUUGAUCUCUCUCAUGUAUAUUUAUUUGAAUGGUGGCGAUCUCCUUUCUAGGGAAGUGGUUAAGGGCCACAUUUGAUUAUUUUUCGAGUUCUGAAUUUAAUCUCAAAUUUCCAAUCCAGAAUUCUGAGUCAGAUUCUGCCCUUAUGCCCUCCCAAACCCUUCAAUCAAUGGAAAAAGCAGAGCUUUUAUAUCAUACUUAACCUCCACCAGCGCGGAUUUGUUCUGCGUCAGAGCAAGGCAUGCACGUUGCGAGCACAUAGCUGUCAUUUGUAUACAGCAUCAGGACACUUUCAUUUCCUUUCGGCAGAUUGUUUGAUAGGAUGUUUAAAAUGUCCUGUUAAAACUAUGCAACAUGAUUUAACUUCCCUGUGGUAAACCACAAGGAUAACAGUUUGCAGCAGAACUUCUGUCCAGGAGAUCCCAAAAUGUGAUCAGAGGCAAAAGUGACUUAUAAAACCUGCUUCCGUAGGAGUAGGUAGAACUAGUUAUUUUGUCAGAGCAGGGAUUGUAGCCUGUAUGAAACUACCACUCAGAGUGGUUCUCAGCUUCAUGUAGCAGACUCAUAUUUUACAAUUUCCCGUUUUAUAACUUGUUUAGUCAAAACUGAACAAAUGUUAGCUAACGCUUUUGGUUAUCCCAACAGAAUGUUUAACUGAAAAAAUUUACUUUGGGCUUUACCUACAAUGUGCAAUUUUCUCAUUUGUGAUGAUCAGUUGUUAGCUUUGUCUUUUUUGUACCUGACAAUUACUACAAUGCUCUAAUAUACGGAGGGCUUGAUUCAGGA